AGCUAGGCUUAUUGCUUUCUACGAAACUGCCCAAAAUGGCGAUAGAAGAACCUGAAGAUGUCGAGGACUUUCUUGAAAAGGUGGAUGAGGUAAAUAGGCUUAUUGAGGGUCUCAAGGUCGGGACAAUUAGCCCGGAGUACAUUGAUACAAAAUUACAGCUAAAGCAACAGAAGGAUCAAGAACGGGUUGAAGUUGAGAAGAGACGCCCCGCGGGCCGCGGGCCCGCUCCAAUUGCCUCAGCACCAGCACCAGAGGCUCCAGCGUCGCAGAGCAAGCCGGAUGAGGAAGAUCAGGAUACGGAUGCAGAGCGCAGGGAGCAGGCUAUGGCCAAAGUUAAGGAGCUCAUGGCAAACCGCGAGCGCAAGCUGCGCGCAAGGGCUCGGUACGAGGAGUACGUUCAAAGUCAAGAGAGGACACAGUUUGGAACUGAUUACACCAAGUGGGAUAUCUGGUGCCCUGAGGACGAGGAGGACGACCUCAUCAAUUCCAUCGGGCCCAACACCCCACAGUUCAAGGCCAUGGAGAAGGACAUCGACGAGCGACACCGCCAGAUGGUGGAGCGGCGGCAGCUGGCGGAGCGCUGCCGCGUGCGCGGCAACGCGGCCUACCAGGCGCGGCAGUACUCGGAGGCGCUGCGCUGCUACCAGGAGGGGCUGGAGAGCGAGCGAACCAACAUGGCGCUGCACGCCAAUGCAGCCAUGGCGGCGCUUAAGAUGAGCUGCUUCGUGCAGGCCAUCGAGCACUGCGACAAGGUGCUGUCCAUCGCCGACUUCUUCCACAACAACAAGCAGCACCCGCUGUGCGUCAAGGCGCUACAGCGCCGCGCAGAGGCCUACCGCGCGCUGCACCAGCCCAGCCGGGCGCUGCGCGACCUGCAGGAGGCGGCACAGAUGGAGCCAGGCAACCCCGAGGUGGCCAAGCAGCUGGAACGGGCGCGACAGGAAGAUGAGGAGGCGCGGAAGCAGCGAGCCAUUGCCAAGGCUGUGAGCCGGGGUGCGGCCGGACGGGGUGCGAGCGCGGGGGAGGCCGCGGGUGCGGAGGGAACUGGAGGAGGGGCGGCAGUGGAGGCGGCGGGGAUGGCUCUGGAUUUGGAGAAGCUGGGGAGGCUAGAGCGGCUGGUGGGGGCGUUGGCGCCGGCGGAAAGUGCGGCAGCAACGACGGCGGCCGAGCCGGCGGAGGCAGCAGCGGCGGCGGCGGAAAGAGCAGCGGCUGGGGAGACGGUUAGCAACUCGCAGCAACCGCAACAGCCUCAGGGGGAUGCAGCGGCACACCGGGGGCCCUCCCUACCUCCACGCCAGCAGGCGAAGGGCCGUGGUGCUCCCAGCCCGGCAUCGGGCAGUGCGGGGGCAGCUGCCGGGGCUCGGCCCCAGGCUGCGGACCCGGCUGCUGCUGCGACUGCUGCCACGUGCGCGGAGCUGCAACUGCUGCUGCGGGGGGGCGACGCGUGCUGCGUGUACCUUCGGGAGUGCGGAGGGCUGGAGAAUGUGGCCAAAAGGAUAGCCAAGCGCCCCGCUGGAUGCAGCAGCGCACCCUCCGACCUGGCUCCGUUGCUGCUGCUGCUCAACGACGCCUGCAUGAACGACGGCAACCUCAAGCAGCUGCCAGCGCUUAAGGUGCUCCCAGCGGUGGUGGCAGCACUGGACGGCGCCGGUGAAGAGGCAGCAGCAGCCGCGGCGACACUGCUGUGUACGGCGGUGACGAAUGAGGAAGUACGGCGGGAGGUGUCGAAGCUGCUGGGCACGGCUGAGCACCUGCCGCGGCUGCUGCGACUGCUGUCAGCGGCCAAACCGGCAGUACAGGGCGUGGCUCUAGCCCUGCUGGGCAACUGCAUGGUCGACAAGCCCACCAAGGCCGCCAUGGGAGCCGCCUGGCGCAAGGACGCCGCCGCCGCCGACUGCUUCCUAGCCAUGCUGCGCUCCGCCAAUCCCGUGCUAGCGGAGAAGGCGGUGGUGCUGAUGGGGAACAUGGCAACAGACGCCACGCUGCGCUCCGAAAUCCUGGCACGACAGGGCGGUGUCGUACGGCAACUGGUUGCACUUGUGGGCGGCGGCGGGGCAGCAGCAGCACCCACAGCAACGCAGCCUCAGCGGCAAGCCAUGGACAUGGACGUCCGGCGAGCAGCGGCAACGGCGUUGCUAAACCUGACGGUGGAGGAGCAGGGCCAGCGGCUGGUGGCGGAGGACGGGGAGGCCAUCGCGACGCUGUACGGCUUGGCGACGGCUGUACGGGAUUGCGACCGAGUCCUGUCGGCGCGUGCCGCCGGCGUGUGUGCUCGGGCCGCCAAGGUGCACGCAGGUGCCGCGGCGCUGCUUCGGCUGGGCGCGGUGGCAGGCAUGCUGGGAGUUGUCAGUGCUGCACUAGACAGCUUGGAUGCAGGAGCCGCUUCUGCGGGUAGCCAUGGCGGCAGCGCCGCUAGCGGUGAGGCUGAGGCUGCAGUGAGCGCCGCCUUGCUGGAUGCGGCCGUACGCACGCUCACCAUCCUGACUAGCCCCGAUGACGCCGCGCUGUCGGCGCAGCUGGUGGCUGGCGGCGGCGUGGAGGUCCUGCUCCGCAUCGUCCGCAGCACCGGCAUCCUGGCGGGCCUGAGCAAGGCUUCGAACCUUGCGGGCUCAGGCUUGGGUGACUCGGUCCUGGCGAAUGCGGUGUUGUGUGUGGCGGGGAUAGCGCGGUGCAAGGAGCACCUGCCGGUGCUGCGCGCCGCUGAGCCGGUGCCGCCGCUAGUCAAGGUGGCGUACGACGGCCGCGGCAACACGGCGUCCAAGAACGCAGCCAUCGCACUGGCGCGGUUGGCGCAUGACCCAGCUAUGCUGGAGAAGCUGCGCGAGCUGCAUGGCAUCGAGAUCAUCUACCAGUAUGUAAAGCCGUGAAGGGACAAAGGGGGUGAAGCA